AUGUGUCAUCUCUUAUUUGUGUUGACUAACUGUCCAAAUUUGUUCAGGAAGUCAAUCCGACAUGGUCCGAUGAGAAAGCUUUUCCAAGAAGCUCGACGAAUUGUGAUUGCACAGAUCCAACAUAUCACGUACAAUGAAUUCGUGCCAAUUAUAGUCGGAAAGGAGAACCUGAAAAAGCACGCAUUGGAUUUGCAAGUGAAUGGCUACGAUAGCCGUUAUGACAUGAAUAUUGACGGAUCAACAUUGAAUGUAUUCGCCACUGCUGUCGGCCAAUUCUUCCUUACUCUGCUGCCGGACAAGAUUACUGUAACAGAUUCAUUUGGGAACACCAAAAGAGAGGAGCCUCUGGGAAAGGUUUUCAACGAUCCCUCCUUUAUCUAUCAACGAAAUCGCCUCGACGCCGUGGUGCGAUUCCUUACUCGAUCGCCCAUUAUGAAACCUGGGCUACACCUAACUCCCGAGCUGAAGAACACUUUCAGAAGAGGUGGCGGCUCCACAGAGCAAGGAAUUGACAUGGCCGCACAAAUUAUACAAAUGGGAAGAGAUCAUGGAAUUCCUAGCUAUCUUCAGUGGAGGCGGCAUUGUCAACUGGACAACGUGCAGUCUUUCGCGUCCAUGUCAACCAAAACGAAGCGCGGUGAUCGCUUCUGGUAUGAGAACUUUUUCUAUCCGUCUGCUUUCUCAACAUCUCAACUGGAAGAAAUUCGUAAGACUACGUUGGCUCGAAUUAUCUGUGACAAUACCGAUGAUUUGCGCUUCAUACAGCACAAUGUGUUCUCGCUUCAGGACGACUAC